CACGUAUAGUCACAAUUUUAUUAAAAAAUAACACUAAUUUCCCAAGAAAAAGUGAAUAUAUCUUAGAGACGAGAUAACAGUGGUAUAUUAUAAUCUAGCGCAUACGCAGAAAUCGUCAUUUUUUCUAAGUUGUCUUUAUUAACCUUCUGUUUAGUGCUAUUACAUUCUUACUUGUUUAAUGUGUGUGGUUAAAAUUAUUUUAUUAAAUGUCAAUAAAAACUCAUAUCAGAGUUGCUUAGUUAAAAUUUUAUUAUUUAUUUACAGGAGUUGUUUUGAAUGGGAUUCCACUAUUCAAAGUACAGUGGCUUUUGUUGUUUUUGUACUAUUAUGUUAUUAUUUUCAACCAUUUAUGAUACCUGUGGCUUUACUACUGAUUUUUCUAAAGUGUUACAUAGUACGAACUGUUGCUGGGACUUGGCAUAAUUCUGAAGAGGAUGACGAACCAUAUGAUGAUGAAGAAGAUGAAGAUGAUAAAGAUAAAGAAGAGAAAAAAAGUUUAAAAGAACGCCUACAGGCUAUUCAGGAAGUUACUCAAACUGUUCAAAAUUCGAUUGGUUACAUUGCUUCUUUAGGAGAAAGUAUAACAAAUACAUUCAACUUUACUGUUCCGUUUUUGAGUUACUUAGCACUUGUUUUGACAAUAGUUGGUGUGUUUGUAUUGUACUGGAUACCAGUAAGGUACCUAAUAUUGAUUUGGGGAGUAAACAAGUUUGCCAGGAAACUCAUCAGACCUCAUUGCAUACCAAAUAAUGAAGUUUUAGAUCUGUUAUCUCGUGUUCCAGACAAUGAACAAUUGAUAUCAUAUAGAGAAUUAAGAACCCAACCUACCUCAGAUACUGAAAGGCGUCGAGAAACAAGAAGGAAAAAAAUGCUUUAA